CACGCGUCUCGCCAUGUCCGUCUAGCCUUUUCUACAACAUAUUCCGCGUCAACAACUCGAUGUCCGACGAGGGGGUGGAAAGCGAGCGUCGCUCGCAGCCUCCUUCGCCACCUUCGUGUCUCCCCGGAGGUUCGCCGUCGUGUCGGCGGCCCCUGGACCUCUUCUCCUCGGCCUCGCCGCUCCUGGAGGACACGGAGCCGCCGUACCUCGCCUCCCCGGACUGCCUCCACUCGUCCCCGGAUAAGAGAGGACGGGGGGACUCCCCUGGCGCCACGCCGCCAAAGUUCCGCCACUCCGCCGGGGACUCUCCGGUGAGUUGGCGCCAGCGUGCGCACCUCGACGUGGUGUGCGACCGCUACGAUGAGCCGCUGCCGGCCUGGAAGGGACGCAGCCCGGAGAGCGCCGGCAGCCUUCAGCACCGCGGACAGAGGGUGGAGCGAGCCUCCGAGUCCCCGGGCUGUGGGAACCACCAUGCGGAUGAGCACGUCGACCCCGACGACAACUCGGACACCCGGCAGGCGGUGGAGGCUAUGCACCGCCGCCACACCACGCUGAGGGAGAAGGGGCGUCGCCAGGCAGUGCGAGGCCCAGCCUACAUGUUCAACGAGCGCGGUUCGGCUCUCACUGCAGAAGAGGAACGCUUUAUGGACGCCGCCGAGUAUGGGAAUAUUCCUGUGGUGCGCAAAAUGCUGGAGGAAUCCAAAACCCUCAACUUUAACUGCGUGGACUACAUGGGCCAGAAUGCAUUGCAACUCGCCGUUGGAAAUGAGCAUCUGGAGGUGACCGAGCUGCUGCUGAAGAAGGAUGGGUUGGCGAGGAUCGGAGACGGUCUGCUUUUGGCCAUUUCCAAAGGGUACGUGCGCAUUGUGGAAGCCAUCCUCGGUCACCCUGCCUUCAGCGGCGGUCUGCGCCUGGCUUUGAGUCCUCUGGAGCAAGAGAUGCGCGAUGAUGACUUCUACGCUUACGACGAGGACGGGACACGUUUCUCGCACGACGUCACGCCCAUCAUUCUGGCUGCUCACUGCCAGGAGUACGAGGUAGUCCACAUUCUCUUGACCAAGGGCGCCCGCAUAGAGAGACCGCACGACUACUUCUGCAUGUGCUUAGAAUGUGUGGAGAAUCAGAAGAAGGACUCCUUUAGUCACUCGCGCUCCAGAAUGAACGCAUACAAAGGCCUGGCCAGUGCAGCUUACUUGUCACUCAGCAGUGAAGAUCCCGUGUUGACGGCCCUGGAGCUCAGCAACGAGCUGGCCAGACUUGCCAACAUUGAGACAGAGUUUAAGAACGACUACCGCAAGCUGUCCAUGCAGUGCAAAGACUUUGUGGUCGGCGUGUUGGACCUCUGUCGGAACACAGAGGAAGUGGAAGCCAUACUGAACGGCGACGUGGACCUGUGCCCGCCCAGCCCCUACAACCGACCCUGCCUCAGCCGCGUCAAACUGGCUAUCAAAUACGAAGUGAAGAAGUUUGUCGCCCACCCUAAUUGUCAACAGCAGCUGCUGACCAUUUGGUACGAGAACCUUCCCGGUUUGAGGCAGCAGUCGGUCGGGGUGAAAUGCUGGACAGUGCUGGGGGUUGCCGCGGGCCUGCCGUUCUUGGCCGUGGCCUACUGGAUCAUGCCAUGUAGCAAGCUCGGUCAAAUCCUGAGAAGCCCAUUCAUGAAGUUCGUGGCUCACGCCGUCUCCUUCACCAUCUUCCUGGGCCUUCUGGUUGUCAAUGCCUCGGAUCGCUUCGAGGGGGUCAAGAACCUGCCCAACGAGACCAUCACGGACCACCCGCGACAGGUGUUCCGGGUCAAGACCACCCAGUUUUCUUGGACAGAGAUGUUGAUCAUGAAGUGGGUGUUGGGCAUGAUCUGGUCCGAGUGCAAGGAGAUCUGGAGCGACGGGCCCAGAGAGUACAUCAUGCACCUGUGGAACGUCCUGGACUUCGGCAUGCUGUCCAUCUUCGUGGCGUCCUUCACGGCGCGCUUCAUGGCCUUCCUCAAGGCGUCCAAAGCCCAGCAGUACGUGGACAUGCACGUGCCCGAUGAAGACCUCAGCAACGCCUCGCUGCCGGACGAGGUGGCCUAUUUUACUUUUGCCAGGAACAAGUGGCGCCCGUCCGACCCCCAGAUCAUCUCCGAGGGUCUGUACGCCAUCGCGGUGGUCCUGAGCUUCUCGCGCAUCGCCUACAUCCUCCCGGCCAAUGAGAGCUUCGGUCCCCUGCAGAUCUCGCUGGGACGCACAGUCAAAGACAUCUUCAAGUUCAUGGUCAUCUUCAUCAUGGUGUUUGUGGCCUUCAUGAUCGGCAUGUUCAACCUGUACUCCUACUACCUGGGAGCCAAGUACAAUCCUGCCUUCACCACGGUGGAGGAAAGUUUUAAGACCCUCUUCUGGUCCAUCUUUGGGCUGUCCGAAGUGAUCUCGGUGGUGCUGAAGUAUGACCACAAGUUCAUAGAGAACAUUGGCUACGUGCUGUACGGGGUCUACAACGUCACCAUGGUGGUGGUCCUUCUCAACAUGCUCAUCGCCAUGAUCAACAGUUCAUACCAGGAGAUUGAGGAGGACGCCGACGUGGAGUGGAAGUUUGCUCGGGCCAAGCUGUGGCUCUCCUACUUCGACGAGGGCCGCACUUUGCCCGCCCCCUACAACCUGGUCCCUAGCCCAAAGUCCUUCUACUACCUGGUCCUCCGCAUCAAGUCCUGCCUUUUAGGGAUGUGCAAAGUGGGCCGACAUAAGUACAACAAUGAGUUGGAGCUGGGCAUGCUCAACUCUCAGGCCAAGGGUGAGCACUUAGGAACGUAUCCCUUUCCCGGGGAAGAGUUCCAGAACUUGUCGAGGAAUUCUCGAAAACAUCCAACCAGAUACCAGAAGAUCAUGAAGCGACUCAUUAAGCGUUAUGUCCUGAAGGCCCAGGUGGAUAGAGAGAAUGAUGAAGUCAAUGAAGGCGAGCUGAAGGAGAUCAAGCAGGACAUUUCCAGCCUGCGUUACGAGCUGCUGGAGGAGAAGUCGCAGGCUGCCGGGGAGCUGGCGCUGCUCAUUCAGCAACUCGGCGACAAAUUUGGCAAGAACACCAUGAGGCACUGACGGUACGGCGG